GCCUUCGUUGGUCUCGUCGGAGUCACUGCUUCUUGCUUCGUUGCUCGGAAGUCACCUCUGGAGUUCACUGCGAAGGUAAUGAUCAUUGUCAAGCCUUCUUUGUUCCUGUUCCUGUUGGCUCGGAAGUCACUACGGGAGUUCGCUGCGAAGAAGUCUGCGUCGGGAGUUAGGCUCCGAAGGUAAUGAAAACUAAAAAGUCGUUACAUCAUCUUAACCUUUUGGGAAACUCAGCAUUUUACAUCUGCAUACGUUGCAUAGAAAGCACCUACAAGCCAUCGGCAUCAUCAGAAAGGAUCAUGCCAUGUGCUCUGACAACAUUGGAUCACUGGUAACCUGAUUUGAAGGAGCUCCAGCAGCGGAUUUCUCAAGGCGAUACAAUCGACUCCUCAGUGCGACACGAUGCUCCGGUAGUCUCUUCUACCUUGUGAUGCAUAACACCAGCGGCCUCCUCCUUCUCGCGAGUCCAGGAGCUGGAGGCGGAAGAAGACGUACGUUAAAUAAAGAGCGGUUUAAAGGCCAACUAUAGUUGAGGAUUGGGACUGGAGGGAACUGAGGCCCAAGCCCUAACCUUGUAUGUCCUCCUCCAACAAUGGCGCUUUCUCCUUCCACUACUUGUGAUUUUCACUCUUCUCCCAUCUCUACAUCCAAUGCAUCUGAUGUCUCCGAUAACAAUCUCCAGCAUUUCUUUGUUCUCCACAAGGCACCGGCUCGGAAAUGCGAAAGAAAAAGCUCCUCAACAUACCGGAGAACAAAAAGAAAGAUUGAUAUGUUGCUUUCUUCUCCAAUUAAAGACACGCAAGAAGAGAAUGAUGCUAUCUACGAGCAGCUUCGCCUAGAAGCCUUUGAAAAUACUUGGUCGAAGAUCAAUUCUACUGUCAAGGAAGUUUUAAGGGAGAUCAACCUUACUUUGUUCGAGGAAAUACGCCAGUGGGUUUUUGAAUCGUUCUCCACCAUCAGAUCCGCUAGUCCUGUUCAUAUGAUGAAGCCAUAUCCGAUAGCAGCAGGGGCCACAUGUAAAAGAAUACCAGCGGCGCUGAUCUUUACAAAGAAUAUUGAGUUUGUUGAUGAUAUGCUGAUGUUUCAAGAUCUCAAAGGAUAUAUGCAGUCUAAUGGGUGUCAUGCAGCUUUUCUCUCAGCAUUGGAUAUCUCCACAAAGUGUGGUAUAGGAAGUUGCCUAAGAAGUUUAUAUAAACAACUUGUUCCAGAGGCUUCGGAUGUUGUUGAUGUACCGUUAAUAGCCUCAUGGUAUUGCAAAGAUGAGAAUUAUGAUAAGCCAAUUGCUGUUAUAAUUGAAGACAUGGAACGAUGUGAUAGUGCAGUCCUGGCUGAUUUUAUUAAAAUGCUAAGUGAAUGGGUGAUGAAAAUUCCAAUCAUUUUCAUACUGGGAGUGACUACUUUUGAUGCCCUGAGAAAACUUCUCCCGUCAAGUGUUAUGCACAACUUGCAGCUUUGUAAGUUCACAUUGGAAUCUCCCAUAAGGAGAAUGUAUUCUCUGAUUGAGUAUGUUCUCGUAAGACCAUCUUCUGGGUUCUUUAUUGGCCACAAGGUUGCAUUAUUCUUGAGAAACCAUUUCCUUAGACAUGAUGGAACGAUAACCUCAUUUUUAAAGGCACUGAAGCUUGCUUGCGUUAAACACUUCAGUGGGGAACCUUUAAGUUUUUUGUGCCCGGGCAUGCUUCAUGAUGAUUGUGAGGCUUUCUGGUCUGGCAAGUGUGAAUCAUUAUCUGAAGUUUUGAGAAGUUAUGCUUUUGAUUUACCAUCCUGUCAAAGGGGCAAAACCACGGGGGACAAUAAUCUUGCACAAGGCUUGUCUAAGUUGAAGUGGCUGCAAAACAGUUGGAGUUCUGUAGUUCUGUGCCUGCUUGAAGUGGGGAAACUCAGCAAAAUUCAACUUCUAGACAUUUUUUGCGAGGCUAUUGAUCCGACUUUGUGCAGUGAAUGGGCUUUAGGUCAGCAAUUGUUACCACCAUUGACUGCCUCCCAUGACUCUGUAAAUGGUGGCUUCAUCUCUCAAGCUAUACAAAAGGUUAGGGAGCUUCCUUCUGAUUCCCUCUGUCAAUUGUUUGGCCAGUGGAGCCUUCACACGGCAGAAGUAAUAGAGAUGGACAAAGAAGUGAAGGCAGUCCUUUCAAUGAUAAAUCUUCCAAGUGAUGGUCACACUUCAAAAGAAAAACAAACGGUUAAUAUUCACGGGUGUUUGGCAUCCUCAGCAAGGAAAAAGGGCAAACCAUCUUUGAAUGAUGAAGCGGCAAUGCUGCUAGUUAGCCUGCUCAGAAAAUUUUUGGUGCCGAUUGAAAGUGUACCUUUCCAUGAAAUUUUCUGCUUCAAAGAUGUUUCUUCUCUAAAGUCAGCUCUAAUUGGGGAUCCGAGAAGUGUCAUACAGGAUGACCUUUUGAAAUCCGAUGAGUAUCUUCAGAGCACCUCCUGUAGUAGAAGAGAGAAUGUCUUAUCCUCUUCCAUCCAUGAUACUGCUAUCAUGUAUAGUCUUGCCCAAGAGUAUGGUGACCUAAUCAACCUCCAUGACUGGUAUCAUUCUUUCAAAACAAAAGUACUUAUCUCUAACCCUAAAGCCAAGCGUAAGGCCCAGCAUUCUCCUGCUUCUAAAAAGGGGAAAUCUAAAGCACUUGAGAAUGAAGUGUCCAUCCAAGCAAGAUUUUGCAAAGCAGUCACAGAGCUACAAAUCACAGGCCUAGUUCGGAUGCCAAGCAAGAGAAGACCUGAUUUUUUGCAGAGAAUUGCUUUUGACCUCUAGUCCAUUGAAUUUUUUGCAGGAUAAGUGAUAUUAAAAGCCAACUUCAUAGUAAGUGAAUUUCUUACUGUCAGUUCUCAAUUUCGUUGUUGCUGUGAGGCAGUAGCCCUGCACAUUUUUUUAUUUUUUGUUCCUACUUUAGGUACCUAAUACUUGGGCUAAAAUUUUGUAUUUUUUAUUUGGAGAUGCAAUUGGAACUAUCUAUUUCUUGUCAGGAUAAGGCUAUGUAUUCAACCUUUCCUCAGAUUUCAAAUCAGCAAGAAGGUUCAUGCAUUAGGUAACA